GGAGAUCUUCGUGUCGAUGGAGUGCGUUGUGGAUGACGUGGAGCACCUUCAGAAGGUGUUGAGGGCGCUGCAGUGGAGGGGUUUCAAAAAGGACAAGAAAGUCCACCUCACCAUUGUGCCCUCCCAGGGCCUCCGAUUCACCCUCACCACCGACGCCAAGGACGCCAAGUGCACCCUCUCACUCAAAGCCGACGAGUUCUUCCGAUCGUGGGACAUCCAUGAGGCGCUCCGCGGUCACGAGCAGCAGCAGAACGGCAACAACAAUGGCGAGGGUGAUGAUGGCGAUGAAGCUAUGGGAGUUGGAGGUGGUGCUGAUGCCACCGAUGAUGGUGAUGAGGGCGGCGAGCGUCGUCUGGAGUUGGUGAUAACGCUGUCGGCGCUGAUCACGUCCGUGGAGCUGUUUAAUGAGGGCAAGGCCGUGACGCUGCGGUACAACCCUGAGGCCGGCGACGAAGACAGAGACCCAUUCAUCGUGUCGGUCGUCGAUGGAGGUGCGUACUUACUGACUGACUGACCACACUCACUCCUCAAGGCAUACAGGCGUCAACCAUACACACGCACUUGUGUGUGGGGUCUGGGGGGUUGACGGGACGGCAGAUGACACGUGUGAUUCGAAGCUCAACACGUACUAUCUGUUCGGCACGGAGGAGGCGGAGAUCCCAUUCGAGCCGCAAGGGGCGGACCUCUUCUCCAUGCUGGUAGGUACCGCAGGGAGGGAGGGAGGGAGGGACCGCACACAGCCACGAUGGAUGCAUUGAUGUAUGUAUAUGUGCCGCCUUAUCACACACAUCCAUACCAGUGUGUGUGUGUGUGUGUGUGUGGUUCAGCCAAGCCUGUUGUAUCAGGCGCUGGACGUCUUCUCCUCCAACACCGACAACAAAAACGCCAACGUACGCACACAGACCUACCUGGAUGAAUAUAUGCAGCCGACCGCAUACACACUGCAGCAGCGGCUGAACCCUCCCUGUGUGUGUGUGUGCUGUCAGGUUGUGGUUCGUGUGUGGCCUGCGGGCACUGCGGAUUACGUCCUGUCGAUGGUGAGUCGGUCAGCAACCGACAAAGGGCGACUCAGACAGAUGUCACCCACCAUACGCCCCCCUUUUGUGUGUGAGUUCUCUCUCUCUCUCUCUCUGUCUGUGUGUGUGUGUGUGUGUGUGUAUGUGUGCAGGGUGUGGAGGGCGACAGCACGUCGUCCUGUGUGGACUACCCCAACGACAAGAAAAUAUUCAGCAGGUUCAACGUCAGACAGCACAGACGGUGCGCACUCAGGACGCAUGGGGGGAGGUCAAUCUGCGGGCGUACGUUUGUAUCUGUGUGCAUGUGUGUGUGCAUGUGUGUGUGUGUGUGUUGGUAUCACUCGAUCAGUGUGGUGUACAGCCUCCGCAGCCUCCAGAUCUUGGGCAAAGGGCUGAGUGAGUUCACGAGCCAAGCAGCCAGCCAGCCGGCCGGCCGACGCACAUGGAGCGUGCUGUCAUGUGUCUGUUCCUUUCUGUGCUGUGUGUGUGCAGAGAUAGGCCGUGACGCGACUGUGUACAUUGACGUACACGGCAUCAUGCACGUCAAACUCAUCGUCCCGUAAGUCAGUCCCCACACACCGACCCUUACACCCUCCCACUCGCCCCAUACCAUCUGCACAUAAGCUCGUGUGUUGUUGUGUGUGUGUGCAGUCACCAUGGUCGUGUGGAUGGCCGGAUUUCGUUACUGGAGUACACCAUCAACUCAGUCAUCGACAUGGACCACCAAGAGCAGCCGGAGGGAGAGGGGGAGGGAUAUGCCGACGGAGAGGGACAGGACGCCCACAUGCACGACGAUGGCCAGGGGCACCAAUGGACUGAGAUGGAUGGAUGGAUGUAGAAUAGAUGAGGAAGGAGGCCGGUUGGUUGAUAGCAUAGCUGGCUUAGUGUGUGUACAGCUGGAGGGCAGCGGGGCUUUCUUUGCAUAGGCAGACAGAUAGACAAGACAGACUGCGGUUGGUUGACAUGACAACCAUUUUCACACAUGCGUGGCGUGCAUUCGUGGAUGGACUCCACUUUGCAAUGGGAUCGAUAUCGAUCAACAAGUAGA